AUGUCAAGCGAAGGAAGCAAUUCUGAUGCUUCACCCAUAAACAUUCCAUCGCUUCGUCAAAGACGCGGCGGAACUGGAAAUAAUCUAACAAACAUGGCAACUUCUCUAGCUGAUACAUUACAAUCAUGGACGGGAAAUUACAGUCUCACCGCAAGUACAUACAUGACCAACAAUAUCGCCGUGCCAGCUUCAUUCGUAGGAGACAACCAUGAUAAUUCUUAUUAUACUCCGGGAAGAUUUAAUCAAAAUCCGGGAUCAAUCCUUUCUUCAAAUCUAAGUUAUGUUACGGCGAAUACAACCUUCCUUUCGCCUCAUAAUCUUCCCCAAAAUUAUGGCUCAAUGGCACAGAUUAAUCGUUAUCCGAAUCUAGAUACAGUUAGCGGAAGUAUAACGGAAGAAGGAGAUUUCUUAGGAACCUCAUUUAUCAACAAUAGUCAUGGUUCUAUGUGGAGAAAUUCUGCGGAAGCUUAUAAGAAACGACCAAUGAAAAUUCCCGCCCCAAUGUCUCGAUCAGAUUCAAAGAGUUCAUACGUCUCGGUACCGUUGUCUACAGUUGAAAUACCUGACCGAGUUGGGUCAAAUUUCCGACAAUCAAUCUUCAAUUCCUGUAACGUUUUAAUCGGUAUUGGAAUUUUGACAUUACCGCUUGGAUUUAAAUAUGCUGGCUGGGCUCUUGGAAUUGCGAUUUUCUUUUCAUGUUUAAUGAUAACAAACUAUACUGCCAAGGUUAUUAAAAAAUGUUUGGAUUAUGACGAGGGAUUAUACACUUACGCUGAUAUCGGAGCGAUAGCAUUUGGUGAAAAAACGAGAAUUUAUAUCUCGGUGUUAUUCUGUCUUGAACUUAUAGCUUCGGCGGUAGCGCUCAUUAUCUUGGUUGGAGACUCAUUACACGCAAUUUUCCCAGAUGCGUCCCUAAACUUACUAAAAGUAAUCGCAUGGAUAGUCAUGACUCCAUUAACCUUGAUUGCCAUAAGAUAUCUUUCAUAUUUCUCAUUACUCGGUAUAUUAAGCGCCAUAUGUUUGGUGAAUGUUAUGAUCAUCGAUGGAUUUACAAAACAUGAAAGCCCUGGUAGUUUGAUUGAUCCUAUGGAAACCGAUAUCUUCCCUUUCCGGUGGUACAACGUGCCAAUGAGCUUUGGACUGAUCAUGGCUGGAUUCACGGGACAUGCCGUAUUUCCAAGCGUAUAUCGAGACAUGAAAAAUCCAAAGCAAUAUCCAAAAAUGGUUAAUUACACUUAUGUGCUAACAACCAUCGUGUAUUUCCUCAUGGCCGUAUGCGGUUACUUAAUGUUUGGACGUACUGUUAUGCAAGAGAUUACACAAAACAUAAUGGCAACACAAGGCUACAAUCGCAUGCUUAACCAAUUUAUAAUUUGGCUAGUGGCAGUAUAUCCGAUAGCGAAAUAUGCGUUAAUCUUGAAUCCAAUUAAUUUAACAUUUGAAAUUUAUUAUCACUCGAUUCCGCGAUUAGAAGAAUGGUGCAAUAGUGGUAGAGGACGUCGAACUGCAAUUAAAUUGAUUUCACGUAUAAUGUUAUCAACUUUGGUAUUAUUAAUCGCAAUACAAAUACCCGAAUUCGAUAGGGUUAUGGGAAUCUUGGGAAGUUUUUUCUCGUUCUUUAUAUCUGCUUUAUUUCCUUGUUCUGCCAAUUUGAAAUUAUUUGGAAGGAGGAUGAGUUGUAAAGAAAAGGCUUUGAAUAUAUUUAUUCUUAUUGUUUGUGGCAUUAUGAGUGCUUUGGGUACUAUCUGGUCUUUCUUGCCUGCUCAAAAAGGUCAUUAA